AUGGCGGACGUGAAGAGGAAUAUUUCUGAGGUAUCUUCAGGAUCAUCGAAUUUGAGUCAUGAUGACAAAAAGUUGCACACCAAGCCAGGACGCAAGCCUAUAGAGAUCGAGCCCAAGUCGAAAAGGACGGCGCAGAAUCGGGCGGCACAGAGGGCGUACAGGGAGAGAAAGGAGCGUAAAAUGAAGGAUUUGGAAGACAAGGUAAAAUCGUUGGAGGACGAGACAAUCAAGGCCAACACCGAGCUGGACUUCUUGAAGGCUCAGGUUGACAUGUUAAAGAACGAGUUAGCGAGAUACAGAGGCCAUACAGAUUUUCUGGACUUGAAGUUGCCCACGAGAGUGGGCCACUUGUCGAACCCUAAUACGGGAGGCACAUAUAGGCCGACAAUGGGGGAGAAGCACCAUUCUUCCCAGUCGGAUUCAGCCAGUAAUAAGUCGUCGGUCGGAGAAGUUAAGUUCCAGUCGCCUAACGAGUCACUGAACAACACAUCGCCAGACUCGGUGGGCCAGUUUUCUGCCAGCUUUCCAUGGUCCAAGGACAACUUGGCCGAUUCCAAUACCUCCAAUGAUGGAUACCUGACCGGCCAGAAACAAUACGUGCCAGACUUGAUCAGCGGGUCCUCGUCGUCUACGUCCCCGCUCAAUGAUAAUAUUUUGGUUUCUCCAGACUCACAGAACUCGGCACCUAACACCGUAAAUUCUAAUCAAUUUGAUAACCAGAAUGAUCAAAAUUACGGGUUUACCCAUCAGACUUUUGAAGAGCAGGUUGAUCCCUUUUGUGUUAAAUUAAACGAAGCUUGUGGCACCAAAGAUUGCCCUGUACCGAAGGACAAGGAAGAUCAAUAUCAAUAUAACUCGCCAUUUAGCAAUUUAAGGAAUCCAGAGAAAGAAAACUAUACGACUUCAACUAACGACAACACAAGCUUUGACCCUUUCUUUAAUGGUGAUUCUAAAUUCAAUUUUGAAUUAUCUAGCAACAAUGAAGACCCAUUGUCAUUUUUAAACGAUAAUAACUUUGAUGUUUCAUUGGCCUUCGCCGAUAGUUAUACGGAACCUAAGAGGAGCAACGAAGUUGAUCCAAUGUCGUUGUUGACCACAGAAGAAAGUGUUUACGAUCCAUUGAACGAUAAAGGAUUCAAUUUCAAUGAUUUUGUCAGGACCAGCGUUUCCGAUGGACAUGAAGACAACUCUGUCAAGAAGACUAAUACAGAGUCUGCUCCUCAAAAGACUGAAGAAGAAGAAGUUGUCCCAGCACCAGAAGAUACCGUUAAAUGCUCUGAAAUAUGGGACCGUAUUACCUCACAUCCUAAAUACACAGAACUUGACAUUGACGGGUUGUGUAAUGAGUUGAAGAGCAAGGCUAAAUGUUCUGAGACCGGUGUGGUGAUUAACUCUUCCGACGUUAACCAUUUAUUGGAGCAAUCUGCCUUAUUGAGACGUAAGUAA